CUCCAAUCCAUUUCGCCUCCUCACCAUCAUCACUGUCCCAUUGUCAGCUCAUCAUGACUGACGUCAAGCUCAAUGCAGGCGCCAUCGACCGCAUGCUUCGUACCACUGACUCGUCCGAGGCUGUGCCACCCGAGGAGGCUGUGUGCCAGAUUCUGAGCAUCAAGAAAAUCGCAACUAGUCAGCCAGGAGCGGGCGACCGAUACCGCGUCAUCUUGAGCGAUGGCAUCCACUUUGCCCAAGCCAUGCUCGCCACUCAGCAAAAGGUCUUGGUCGAGAGCGGUCAGAUCGACCGCAACUCCGUCGUCCGUGUAACGCAGUAUGUCGCAAACAGCGUGCAGCAGCGACGUAUCCUCAUCCUCCUCGGCCUUGAGCCUCUUGGUGCUCCUCUGGGCGAGCGCCUGGGUGACCCAGCCAAUUGGGAGACGGCUGCAGCGAAUGGUGGUGCUGGUGCUGCUGGUGGCGCCGCCAAUGGCGGUGGGUCGAAUGGCUCUACUGCUGGUCCGGCUGCUGCCAACAAGGCGGGCGGCGCUGCGCCGUCGCGUACCAACUCAGGCAAUGGAGGCACGAAGCCACUCUCGCGAGGCCCAAGCAUGGCCAACGGCGCUCCCGUCUACCCAAUCGAGGGUCUCUCCCCCUAUCAGAACAAGUGGACCAUCAAGGCUCGCGUGACGCUCAAGUCGGACAUCAAGCACUGGUCCAACCAACGUGGCGAGGGCAAGCUUUUCUCCGUCAACCUCCUCGACGAGUCUGGCGAGAUCAAAGCUACGGGCUUCAACGACGCAGUUGACCGCUUCUACCCGUUGCUGCAGGAGAACAAAGUCUACUACAUCAGCAAAGCCCGGGUCAAUAUUGCCAAGAAGCAGUUCAGCAACCUCAACAACGAGUACGAGAUUGCAUUCGAGAACAACACCGAGAUCGAAGAGUGCUUGGACGCGGCUGAUGUGCCAGAGGUCAAGUACGCCUUCGUUCAGAUCGACCAGCUGGAUGGCGUUGAGCCCAAUCAGACAUGCGACGUCAUCGGCAUCAUCGACGAGAUCGGCGAUGUAGCCGAGAUCAUCAGCAAGGCAUCGCAGAAGCCCAUCACCAAAAGAGAGCUCACCCUCGUCGACCAGAGUGGUAUGAGCGUGCGCCUCACCCUGUGGGGCAGGACGGCGGAGCAGUUUGAUCAGAAUCUGGACAAGCCCGUCAUCGCUUUCAAGGGUGUCAAGGUGGGCGACUUCGGUGGGCGAUCCCUCUCCAUGUUCUCGUCCUCGUCCAUGAUGGUCAACCCAGACAUCCCGGAGGCACACGGCCUUCGAGGGUGGUACGAUAGCGAGGGAAAUCAAGCAGCGGGCAACUUCAAGACCUUUGCCGGAGCAGGGCUGGGUGGCCUGGGCGCUGGUGGUGGAGCAGGAGGAGCUGCCGGCUCCAACAAGAACGAGCGUCGCACCAUUGCCCAAGCGAAAGAGCAAGGGUUGGGCAUGUCAGGAGACAAGCCCGACUACUUCAACAUUCGAGCGACGGUCGUGUACAUCAAGCAAGAGGGCCUCUCCUACCCCGCGUGCCCAUCGGCCAAUUGCAACAAGAAGGUGGUCAUGGAGGAUGAGAACAGCUGGAGGUGCGAGAAGUGCGACACCACCUACCCUGCUCCGCAGUACCGCUACAUUCUUGCGGCGAAUGUCGCGGACCACACGGAUGGAAUCUGGCUGAGUGGUUUCAACGAGAUUGGCGAGCUUUUGAUCGGUCAGACUGCGAGCGAGCUGGAGGCGGUGAAGACGGAGAGCGAGAGUAACUUUGUUGCUGCGCUGCACCGGGCCACAAACAGGAGCUACAUGUUCAACAUCCGAGCCAAGCAGGACACCUUCAAUGACACGACGCGUGUGAGAUACACAGUGACCAAGGCCACGCCCGUUGACUGGUCGGCAGCGGCAAAUGAGCUCGCGGACGACAUCAAGGCGCUCAUGUAGGGUGGCGUGGCGGG